GGCGGCGGACAACGCUCGGCAGCGGGAAACGGUCUGGAGAGGCGGCCGCCUCGUCCAGUCCGCCAGGUGGGCCGGCGUUGGGGAGCGCGGCCAGGGUGCCCGCUUUCCCCGCUCCUCUGUCACGAUUUCAUCCCAGGAGGCGGCCGGGAGCCGGGCUGCAGUGGCUGCGCCCGGGAGAAGGGGGAUUUCUGGUUGGCGGUGUUGAAUCUUUGUGUCCCCCCCGAAAUGUGAGGGGGCCCGAGUCGUCCAAGGCGGUGCUCGCUUCGGUUCGGCAGCUGGGGAGUUGUCUGGAAGACCGGGAAUGCAGUGAGAGGCCUAGUCAGGUGGUGGUAAAACGCCGUGUUUUCUGGUGUGGUGUCUGUCUGUGCCAUGCAUCUACACACAUGCUCGCUCUCUCACACCUCUAACCACCAAGAAGGGGUUAGGUUGAGCUGGAAAGAGAAAUUUUGUUAAACGAGCAGCCUCUGUCCUAAAGGGGUUUGCCUUCCUUCUUGGAUAAUUGGCAUCCUCAGGCACGCUCGCCCCUUACAAGGGUUGUGCCGUGGAAGCAGGAGUGAGCAUGCUGGUGUCACUGGCUUUGCUCGACUGUCUGCUUAGGUAGCUCUAAUUUCAAGCAAAAACUGCUGUUCUGAAAUUCAGUUAAUGGUGUCAGCAAGGAGAAAUUAAACAUGUUUCUGUUAUGGCCUAUACUAUAACCAGUAAGGCUGAUGCAAUUUAUUUAUUAUGCGUGUUGAAUGAACAUGAGUAAUGUCUGACUACCUGAGGUGUUGUAUUACUGUGGUGUAUGAUACUGCAUUUUGUGAUCAUAUGUAUGUGGGGUAAAAUCGUUGUUUUGAAUGUGGAUGAUUAGAUGUCUCCAUUCUGCUAUUCUUCUUGUUAGUAAACUACAGAGGCAGUAUAUGUCAGUUAAUUUUCAAAAUCUGCAGUACAUUUUCUGUUUGAAAAAUGCUUUACUUCUGUGUACAUAAAUAACAGUGUCCCUUUUCUUGUAGAGGACUAUGGUUGUACCUUGGCCAAGAUGACAGUUGGAGAUAAAGCCUUCUCCUCUUCCUUCACCCCCAUCAUUCACCCUUAUUUAGGGGUUUGCUUGUAGUAUAUUUUCUAAGCUUUAAAGAGCAAUAUGUUUAAUAACAUAUUAAGUAGGUAGUGCUCUGAUUUCUCUAAUUGAGAUAAAAAAUGUGCAGUAGGUGAAAGGAACACAAAACAUUUUUUAAGGAACUUUUUUUUUUAAUUUAGGUUGUCUAAAUAAGGCAAAACUUGUUUCUUAAUAUGAAGAAAAACAGAGGUCGGACAGGUCGAAAGAGAAGAAGGAAACACUUGCAAAGUUUUAUGAAUGGAGGUACAAUCCAUGGAAGUAAUGCGAAAUAAUAAAAUAAUCAAUUGCUUGUCCAGUCAACUGUAGUCACAAACUGGAAUACAUUAAACUAAAGAAGUGGCUGAAAGACAGAGGAUUUGAAGACAGUAAUUUAAGGCCAGCAGAGUUCUGGGGUAAUGUUUUAAUUAUUUAUUGGUUGUACAUACUGCUGUUUCUUCUAAAGAUGUUAGAUUCCUACUUUUGUUUUAAAUCACACACUUGGCUGUCUUCAGUUACCAUUACUCCUUCAAGGACUUCUAGCGAAAGCACAGGAAUAUUGUUUAAUGCGUAUGAGUGGGCGUGAAGGCCUGAAAUCCUGUAAACUGUUUCUUAUAUAAAGAUAUUCUUGUGUAAAGCUUCAGUAUGAGAAUCUGGUAGAAAAUAUACGCAGACGUGUGCAGGAUUCCUUGUAGAAAUUGAGGUUUUAAAUGUUAAUAGCACAGUUUCCAAGAAGAAAAUAGUAUCUCUGAAGUGUUUCCAGGUUUAGAACCUAACCCUGUUAUUAUUUCUUCAUUUUUUUGCAUACUUUUUCAACAAAUCUAUGAUGGGAUUCAUUUAGUAGUGAUGGCACAUGGCUAUUCACAAAAAAAGAUAAAUAUGUUUGCAUUUUCUCUCUUUAAUUAGACUGUAUUUCAAAAACUUUUGUAGUAGUAUAUUCAAGGAGAGUAGAGAAGAAAGUAUGUGACUCAGACAAAAAUAUUGUGAAUAGAAACUAAGGUACAGUUAAAGCUCAAACCUAGAGCAACAGCCAGUGAUGAAGAAUGUGUUUAAAGAAAAUGUGGAAAAAAAAAAGAAGGUGAGUAAUCUAUUAAACUGGAUAGCAAAUGUUGCUGGGAAUGUAGGGGAAAGGGCUUUUACAGGAUCCUGAAAAGUAGUGGAAAAGUAAAGAGACUCAAAGAACAAAGAAAUGAGCUGUGUAUCUGGAACAAUCCGUAAGUGGCUUUUACGAUUUGUAAGAGAUAUAUAUGUUCUUCUAGAGUUUUGCCUUGCAGGCAUGUUAAUUUCUGCAGCUUAUUUUAUUCUUCUGUAUUUUACUAUAAGCAUCCUCUUUAUUUCUGCUUCUUCAGAUACGGGAAGAGGACUGAUGACAACAAAAGCCCUUCAGGCAGGGGAACUGGUUAUCUCAUUGCCUGAAAAAUGCUUACUCACCACGGGCACUGUCCUUCGUAGCUGCUUAGGAGAAUACAUUACAAAAUGGAAGCCUCCUGUAUCUCCUUUGAUAGCACUGUGCACAUUUUUAAUAGCAGAGAAGCAUGCUGGUGCGAAAUCUCUGUGGAAGCCGUACCUUGAUGUUUUACCCAAGACAUACACUUGCCCCGUUUGUUUGGAGCAAGAUGUAGUAAGCCUUCUUCCUGAACCUUUAAGAAAGAAGGCUCAGGAGCAGAGAACAAUGAUCCAUGAGUUGUACAUGUCUUCCAAGGCUUUUUUCUCUUCCCUGCAGCCAUUGUUUGCUGAGAACACAGAGACUAUUUUUAACUACAGUGCCCUAGAGUGGGCUUGGUGCACUGUUAAUACCAGAACAGUACACAUGAAACAUUCACAGAGGGAAUGUUUCUCUCUUGAGCCAGAUGUUUAUGCUUUGGCACCAUAUUUAGAUCUGUUAAACCACAGCCCAAAUGUUCAGGUAAAGGCUGCAUUUAAUGAACAGACCAGAAGCUAUGAAAUUAGGACAGAUUCACAGUGCAAGAAAUAUGAAGAAGUGUUUAUCUGUUAUGGGCCUCAUGAUAACCAGCGACUCCUCCUAGAAUAUGGAUUUGUUGCCAUUGAUAACCCACACAGCAGCGUUUAUGUCUCAUCAGAUACUCUCCUCAGAUAUUUUCCACCACUGGACAAGCAGAGAAAUGCAAAACUUUCCAUUCUAAAGAAUCAUGAUUUUUUAGAAAACUUGACCUUUGGAUGGGAUGGACCAUCUUGGAGACUCCUCACAGCCCUCAAGUUAUUAAAUCUUGGAGAAGAUGAAUUUACUUGCUGGAAGAGAACGCUGCUUGGUGAUGUAAUUUCAGCCACAAAUGAAGAGCAGACUUUGGAUGUGACAGAAAAAAUAUGCCUUUUUUUAAUAGAGGAGACGCAGCAUGUCCUUUUCCAGAUUUCCCAGUUGAAAAGGGACAAAGAAAACCUUAAAAACCACCUGGCUUUGAUAGAAGCACUACGCUUGGAAGAUCUGAAGAUUCUACAAAAAUCAGCAGAGAUUCUGUGCAAUUCGAAAAUGGCAACACCUUGAUCCAUCUGGAAUUGUGAUAGCUGCAGCUGAUUGGAUCUCACUUGCCAUGGACCUGUCUAGUUCAACUGUUUUUAAUGGACUUGAGCAACAAAGAAUAAUGUAGAAUGUCAUCAUAAUAUGCACAGUUUUGUUUACAGGUUCCAUGAGAUGUGGAGCCUUACUCUCUCUUUUGCUGAACUUCUCCAGUAGUACAAAAGAUUAGCCCAAGGGGUAGGCAGGAGCAGAGGUGGCUUUCUGUACAUCUCGUCCAAAUCAUGGCUGCUGUAAGAAAAACAGCUUCUGGGGUGAUUUGAGCAGCCCCAGGAUUGUGGGCUCCAGAAAUUCUACAGUUUACAUCUCUCAGUGGUCUACAGCAUGGAUCAUGAAGUCCAUCAGAUACUCCUCAGUGUGUGUUUGAUCUCUGGCACUCGUCAAAGAGGGGAAAGGACAGAGCCACUUAUAUCUGCCCUGUACUGAUCCUGUACCUUUUUCCUGGCAUCUGUACGUGUCCCUGAGAUUUAAUGGUUUACAUAGUGUCUGUUCAUUGCUGGAGCAGUAGAUGUAGACUAAAGCACAGAUGACUGUCAGUCCUAUUACGACCCCAAGACAUUCCCUUCUCAGUUUCAGCCCAAGUGUUUCUUGAACAAGCUGUUACUGAAGGUUCAAACUUGAAAUGACAUAAAGUAUGAAUUUCCCUCCUUUACUCAAAGCUCUCUCCAGAUUCACUCAUUUGUGUUCUGACUGCUCAUGCUCAGGAUGUGAACUGAAAUGAUACAUCAUUCUGAACUGUUUCCUGCUUGCAUUUUGAUCACCUGGCAAUUCAUUCUGUUUCCAUUCAGUUCUGAUGAUCACACUGAAAUGUUCUUACCCUGUUGAGAAGGGGAUAGUCUCAUGAGCUGCCUUUCAGUAUCUAGUUCUGCGUAAAGUAGGGGCCUUUAGGCAGCAAAAGCAAAGACUUGUCCAAAGGCCAUUUAGAGCAGGACUCUUAUUUAAAUUUUAUAAACUUUAUUUUUAAUAGUGGUUAUUUUCUGUUGUAUAGAAUAUCAAAUUUCAUAGAAUUUUUCAUUAAUAUUAGCAUUUUUUUAAAGAAAUGUGUUUUUAAAGACUGGUUGUUUUUACAAAUAUAUUGGUUCAUUUUCUAUGACUGCUCUGCUUUUUUAAAUAAAAAAUAGAAUUGUAUACAGCAGUGAAAGCAUUUUACAUAAUGACAUCAUUUAAAUAAAAAAAGUGCAACAAGAUAAAGCUGUUAAGAAAUAUUCAAGCCCAAAUACAAUUUCUGACUUUUUCUGAUACCUAAUAAACAAGAAUGUUACUGUGGAAA